AAGCUAGGUUGGCAAGGGUGGCCAACUUGGAUGGAUUGGUUGGGAAGGGACAAAUGUCAAAGUUGGGGUUCCUAUAGGGAGGGAAUCUUUGUGCUUAUGGGGUUUCCUUGGUUGGGGACUCUCUUGGGACCUUCCCUCUCAUCCCUCUCUUUCUAUCCCAACCUUUCUCUUGCUCCUUCUAAUUCCUUGUGAGAUUCUUGAACUUUGAUUGAACCUUUUGAGAUUGAGUUAAGUUCUCCUCCUACAGCUUACCCCCUAAUGCGUCGAAAGCCAUAACGUCGCGAAUACUUCAUCAAUCAACGUGAUUCAAAUUGGGAACGGUAGCUGAGAUUAAGAGCUACAACAUAUUCAAGUUUCGCGACAUUCCAACGGCUAGUUUUUACUGCAUCAAGGACCUGUGGCAGCUGCCCAUCAUCCCAUGGAAUGGGAAGACUCCAACAGCAGCAACGGCAGCAGCGGCAAAGGCAACAGCAGGAGGAGAUGCAACUGCACCAACUGAUGGGGUCCUGGAAGCAGUCAAGAAAGUGCAGCAGCAGCAGACACAUGGUGAGGUGCUUGCUGGUGUGGAUGCAAGUGCGGCAUGGGCUAAGGCUUCACCAAGGAGUGGAGAGGCCGAUUGGGAGACAUGGCAUGAGAGGCUGUGUCAUGUGAACUUCCCUAUGCUGCAGAAGUUGGUGAAGGAUGGGAGCCUGAAGGGCUUGGAGGUGAAAGGGGGAGUGAAGGAGAUUGGGAGCUGCCCUACAUGCUUGGAGACCAAGUUCUCCAAGUCGCCCUUGUGAAGAACAGGGUGCUGGCUACAGUUGGAGAUAAGGAGUGGAUCCCAUAUGUCAAGUGGUAUGGGAGUGCUCCAGCUGUGAACAUGCUGAGGGCAUUUGGGUGCAUGGUGGUGUUUCAUGUGCCUAAGGAGAAAAGAGGGAAGUUGGAGGCUUCUGGAAGAUGGGGUGUGCACUUGGGGAUUGCAAAGGAUC